AUGCCUGUGAUUGAUAUCCCUGACAUUACGUCAUGCACGAGCUAUAUCGCCGCGCUAGAUUCCGAUCGGUCAAUUCCUAGCGCUGUCAUUGGAGAAGGUAAUCUGCUUCUGUCUUGCCUAGAAUAUUUGACAGAUGCCAGCUUCACUAUUUCAGCCGUCUUCACAGAUACACCUGUAGUCAAAACCUUCUGCGAAGAGAAGAAAAUACUUCAGUGGAAAAGAGGAACAGAUAUCGAACAUGCCCUGAGAGAUAUUCCAAUUGACUAUCUUUUUAGUAUAUCUAAUCCUAGAGUUUUGACAGAUUCUGUAUUACAAAUACCCAGAAAACUGUCAAUCAACUACCAUGAUUCACCACUUCCCAGAUAUGCUGGAAUCCACGCAACCAGCUGGGCCAUCAUCAAUGGCGAAUCGAACCAUGGUAUUUCCUGGCACGUAAUCGAGACGGGUAUCGACACUGGAGAUAUUCUCCAGACAAGAGCAGUUAAAAUUGAUCCUGACGAUUCUGCAUUCACAUUAAAUAUGAAAUGCCAAGAAGCAGCCAAAUCAGCAUUCCAAAUUCUGAUCAAGGAUGUUAAACAGGACUGCAUUAACCGAACGACACAACCGGUUUCUGGAAGGUCGUAUUACGGGUUGCAUGCCAUACCGCCAAACAUUGGAGUCCUUAAUUUCCAGACGUCCUGUACAAAUAUCUGCAAUCUUGGAAGGGGACUGGAGUUCGGAACUCAUGACAAUGCACUUGGAAGCCCCAAAGUUAUGACAUCAACAGGCGAUUUUGUGCUCGUCACAAAUGUCGAAGAAUCUAAUUGCAGUUUUGACGAACAUGUUAAACAUGGAACUAUCACAGAAAUAGUUGACGAUACUUUGGUUGUCAAAACGCAGGGAAACUCGGUUUUGCUGUCAAUUACAAAAUUGGAUGGAUCCCAUCUGUCGCCAUCAGAAUACAGCGAUCUUGGGAUAUCGGUUGGUGAAAAGCUUUCAAGUAAUUUUGCGGUAGACACGGAAAAUCUGACACAAAUAAGAAAGAAGGAGACAUUUUGGAGAAGAAAGUUAAAGAUUUAUGAUCCAACGACAUUUUUCCGACAAAGAAUGAAUGUGGUUGCAGGUAUCAUAGAUGUUUCUACAGCAAUCAACGUCAAGUCGAUCGUUAUUCCGCUACCCGUCCCAAACAUGAAUGGACACAGCUUCCAUACACAUACUUGUGAACUUCUUAUGUCAGCAUUUGUUGCAUUCAUCGGACGAAUGACUUGUAACUCGAAUGUCUCUCUCGGUAUCCUGGCAAACAAGUCGACUGUACCCGAAAUGGCAAGAGGACUUUACUCUGACAUCUGUCCAGGAGUAUUCACCGUCGAUCUACAGCAGAAAACACAUGUUGUCUUGCAUGACCUUUACGAAAUGAUAAAAACUUACAGAGAGGCACAAUCGUUCUUAGUAGAUGCGUUUUACAGGUACCCUGAACUCCGUGGACAAAAGAGAACACCUCACCAUAACAUAGCGAUAGGCCAAAUUCCUAGUCAUGCGUCAGCUACCGGUGUUGCACAGCACGUUCUUCAUGACUGCAACAUAUUGCUACUGUUUAAUGACGACGGAGAUGAGAUGCAUUUGAUGUACAAGGAAAAGAUCGGUCAAGAUUUCCAAUAUAUCAGUGAUGUUCUUCAGCACUUCCCAACAUUUCUCACUACUAGUGACCUGAAUCAGCCUUUGCACGAGACUCAUCUAGUCUCAGACGAGGAACUUAAACAACUUUAUCUACAGCCUCUUCCUUUCAAGCCGUCAACCAAAAGCGUUUAUGACGUUUUCGAAGAACAGUGUAGGUCUAGUCCAAAUAACAUAGCUCUGCGGUCAUCAGCUACAUCAUACACCUACAACCAGUGUAACGAGUUAGCAAUGAAGGUUUCAUGCCUUCUUGAUGCCACAUAUGAAGAUGAAAGAAUCAUUGGACUUCAUUUUCCAAAUUCAAUGGAAUAUGUAGUCUCCGUCAUCGGCGUUUUGAAAACCAAUCGUGCAUUUCUGCCACUUCCCAUAGAUUACCCUGAAGAAAGGAUGACUUUCACUCUGCGAGAUGCAAAAGUCCAUAGUAUGUUGACUACCGCCUCAGUUUAUGAAAACCUGAAAUCUAAGGGAUUUUCAUUGACACAGGUAGGAGCAGAUGCUGUGCAGAUAGAUCGUAAUGAAGUAAUACUUGUUCGAUUUGCGAAAAAUGAGAACAAGGUGAAAGGAAAUGAAAAUGACUUUGUCCAUAUCAUUGAUGGAAAGGCAAAAAAAGGCGGCGUCCAGACUGGCAGAAUUCUGAAUGGACAUGAGGAAUGUGGAAGGACAAAAAAUGGAGAAUGCGAUGCUGAUGACUUUAAGAUUCUCCAGAACAAUGGCUUUACUUCAAAAAUGACGAGUCAGAUAUUAGAUGAGGAACUUUGUUACGUGAUGUAUACGUCAGGUUCCACUGGUAGACCUAAGGGAGUUCAAGUAAGCCACUCCGGUGUCGUCAAUCUCGCUAAAGCGCAGAUAGAGCUCUGGAGUCUUCACGAUGGUGAUGUGAUUGCCCAAUUCGCCUCCAUUGGAUUCGACGCGACGGUAUCUGAAAUAUUCACAGCCCUAUUUUCUGGUGCAACUCUCGUUACUCUUUCCGACGAAGAACGUUUAGGCCAGGAAUUCAUCCGUACGUUAAACAUGCUGGAUGUGAAUACAAUCACACUGCCCCCAUCCGCCCUCAACAUAUACAGUCCAAACGACCUACCCAAACUAGAAAAGGUUGUUACCGCUGGAGAAGCCUGUUCGCUAGGAACUGCCCUCAAAUGGACGGUCGACAACAAGACAAUAAGAUUCUUCAACGCAUACGGCCCGACUGAAACAACUGUUUGUGCAACAUGUUAUGAAUUCAAAUCGUCCGAUGUCCACGUCGACAACACUCAAGACUUACCAAUUGGCAUGGCCAUACCUGGCAUGAGUGUAUAUCUUUUUGACAACUUCAUGAAACCAGUUCCUCCUGAUGUUGUUGGCGAGAUCUACGUAGGAGGUAUUGGUGUAUCCAAGGGAUACAUCGGUCACGCAGCGGAGCACAACUUGGAACGAUUUGUCCAGAAUCCAAUGACAGAUCAGCUUUGCCUGUUAUACAAAACAGGCGAUCACGCGUUUCAAUCAAAUGAUGGCAAUAUCACUUACAUCGGGAGGUUGGAUGACAUGAUAAAGAUCAGGGGCCAACGAGUUGACCUUAGUGAAAUUGAGCAAGUUCUGAUUCAACAUACAAAGGUGGAACUUGCUGUCGUUGUAGCACAUAGAUGUACAGACUCGAAUGAGAUUAGUAUAGCGGCGUAUGUGGCACCUUCUUUCGUGUACUUGUCGGAAUUACGGGAGUACUUGACGAAAGCUCUUCCAAAAUACAUGAUACCGACGUUCAUUAAGAAAAUUGAGGUAGCUGACUUCCCAAUGACACUGAAUGGCAAAAUAGACAGAAAACGUCUUGAAAAAGACGAAUCUGUACAUGAACAAUCAAGAUUUGGUGGAGGCAGUCAUCUAAACGAAACGCAACUUGCUAUAGCUCAACUUUGGUGUACAGUUCUCAAACUUAACGAAUCGAUAAUACAUGAAUUUCACCGCCAGACAUCUUUCAGUGAACUCGGCGGCAACUCUUUGCAGUUGGUGCUCCUACAGCGUACGUUAGAAGACAAGCUCCAUAUCCAGUUGUCGUUUACAGACCUAGGUAUGGCAGAUACGAUAGAGGAAUUCUGCGACGUCAUCAGAAGAAAGAAAGAUAUGCUCCGAAGAUCUAAUCAAAACAAUUCAAAUGAUCUGCGUGAUCUUCGUCAGGUAAUAGUGCAGGAUUCUAUUCUAGAUCCAUCGAUCAUACCUCAACAUGCUAGGCGUGGCUCUAUUAAGUUCAGUCACUUCUCGGCGUUUGUACAGAAAUGUUCCAUGAAAUACCCAAGGAACGCUCUAAUGUCAGGCGUGACCGGAUUCCUGGGGGCGUAUCUCCUGUCUGAACUUCUUGAACAAACAAACGCUCAUGUGUGUUGUAUGGUUCGAGAAUCUACAGAGGCAAGGGGAUUCGGUAGAAUAGUUGAAAAUCUCAGAAAGUACAACUUAUGGAAAGUAGAAUAUGGGAGUAGAAUCGCGGUAGUGAUAUCCGACCUAUCACAGGAAAAUCUCGGUAUAGCGCCAGACAUUUACACGGCACUUUGCAACGUCAUCGAUGUUGUAUUCAUGAAUGCAGCCAAGAUGAAUUUCAACACUGAUUAUGAUGACCACAAGGUUGCAAAUGUCGACAGUACCAAGGAAUUCAUCAAAUUCGCUGUAACAGGCACUCAGAAAUAUAUAUUUUCAACGUCAUCGUUGAGCGUUUUCCUCUUCCCCAACAGCCCUUCCAGCACACCACCAACCAAUCGAAUGUGUUAUGAGACCGAGUUCUGGGAUGACCCUUGCACCUUAGAAGGGGGCUAUGGAAAAAGCAAAUGGGCAAGUGAAAAAUUGGUCGUGCAAGCACUCGAGUACCUCCCUGGCGGAGCUAUAUUCCGACCAGCAAGAAUAUCUGGAUGCUCUUUUGACGGCGCUGGUCCAAGGAACGACCUUUUCGCGUCUACCUUAAUCGGUAUGACGCAAUUAGGGUCGUUUCCCGACAUGGACUUUCCCUACGAUCUCACACCAGUGGACUAUGUAGCCAAGGCAAUGGUGGAAAUCUCUCUGCAGAUUUGCAACGACAGUAACCAUCAUGAACAUGUUUAUCAUCUGUUCAAUUCUCAGACAAUUCCUUUUAAGGACAUUUUCAAAGGAAUGGGUCUGAAGUCUCUUCCUCUUGAACAAUGGCGCCAAGAACUCCGAAAUGCAUCUGACGACAGCAAGGUCCUUAUCCCGUUUACACCGUUUUUCCAUUCCGAGUUUUGGGACAAGGCGCCUCACUGGCCAGUAUUUGACACUUCAAACACAGACAGACUUACCAGCGACCGCACAAAGGAACUAUUGAAACCUUCAAAAGACCUCUUGUGCUUGUACAAAACAUAUUUUGGUCUAAAUACCAAAUAG